AUGGACGCUGAGCUGCUUCCGCUCUCGUGGGUGUGCCUGGGCGCUAGCCGAGACCAGACAGCAGAGACCCACCUCCGUGUGGCCCCUCACAGGCACACAGGGACCAAGGGGACCCUGCUACACCUGGACGAGGGCCAGAGAGACAAGCCAAGGCCGUUAAAGGCCUUACGGGCGCUGAAAGAGUUGCAGCUGCAGCUGAAAGGCCUGUGCGGGCCGUCCGCGACGGGGAUGUGGGUGUGCCUGGGCGCUAGCCCCUCGCCGAGCUCCGACUGCGUGAAAGGGACUCCAGGGCCCCCCGAGGACGCCCGAAAGUCCCAAGCGCCGCCGCCGCCGGGCCGUCGCUGCGCCGCGGCGCCGAGCGCCGCGGGCUCCGCGCCUAUAGAGGGGACGCGCGCGGAGCCGGCCGCCGCUUCGCGCCGGAUCGGCGCGCUCAUGGCGGCCGCGGCCGGCGCCGCCAGCCGACGGGCCGCGGCCGCGCUGCCGCGGUUGCGGCGCCCCGUCGCCGCGGCGGGCCGCGGCGCGCGGCGCUUCUGCGGGGGCCCCACCUUCCGCACCGCCGCCGAGCUGCGCUUGGCUUGCCGCGGCGGCGCCUUCGACGCGCCCACCGCCGGGCACGCGCCAGGGCACCUGCAGGCCAACAUGGUGAUUCUCUUACGCGAGCACGCGGACGACUUCAGGCAGUUCUGCGCCGACAAUGCAGCCGCAUGUCCGCUGCUGGAGGCCACGGAGCCCGGCGUCUUCGAGGCCCGCCGCCUGGCCCCGGGCAGCGACCUCCGCUCCGACCUGCCGAGGUACCGCGUCUGGCGGGGCGGCGAGGUCGCGGAGGAGAGGACUAAUAUCUCAGACCUGUGGCGGAGCGACAUGCAGGCGUUUCUCCUCGGCUGCUCCUUCUCCUGGGAGGACGUGCUCGCGGCCGCUGGGCUGACGCCCCGGCACGUGGAGCAAGGCUGCAACGUCCCCAUGUUCGACACCACCAUCCCGCUCCGGGGCUGCGGCCCGUUCCGGGGCAGCAUGGUGGUGUCCAUGCGCCCGUACAGGCCCGAGGACCUGGGCGAGGUCGCGCGCAUCACCGCCGGGUUCCCCGCGGCGCACGGCGGGCCCGUGCAGGUAUCAGGGUCUGUGGCCAUGUAUUUCGUGGACGGCGAACUGCCCUUCCUGACGCGGCUGCUGGACACCUACAGGACGGAACCGCGUUGGCACGACGAGUCCGCGCUCGCGGACGCCCCAGAGAUGGUGAGUGGGCGGAAGGAACUCGAGGCCGGGGGCCCCGCGACCGCCGAGGGUCGGCUGAUUUUGGACGGCGCGAUUGAGAUGGCCUUGCGGCCGGCGCCGCCUACCCUGGAGGAAGUCCUGCGCGACGCAGGCGGCCGCCAGAGGACGCUCGCCACCGCCCUUCGCGCGAUCGGGGGGGCCUUCUGCCAGCGCUACCUCGCCCGCGGCAUUGCCCUACACUUCGGGGCCCUCUCCAAGUUCAGCAACUUCCUCUCCCAGUUCGACGCGGGCGGAGGCCCUUACGGAGACUCUUUCGAGACCCACGAUCGCUACGGGCAGCUGUGCCCUUGCGCGGAAUUCCACAGUUGCACCGACCCGGCCCUGCGCGCCAAUCUGGAACGCGCCGCCGCGAAGGUCCUGCACCUACGUUGGGAGUGA